CUGUGGUCCUAACUGGCAAGGAGUUUGUGGACCGGAACGAACCCAUCAGGCUCAAGUGUAAUGCCACGGGUGGGCCAAAGAUACCUGAGGACAUCGACUGGUUCAAGGAUGGCACUAAGCUGGACACGAGAGGCUCACGUGACCCUAACAUAGUGCUGACCAAAUUCAUGUCUCUAGAAGUAAGUGUUCAAGUCUCGAGUCUUUCGCUAUAUAUUUACAUAUAAGAUCUAUGGCAGGGACAAUGUGGUGGACGGGGGAACAGUGCAGCCAUCACGCGAGACCACAUCACUACUGGCACUUGGCACUGGCUACACAGCUAGCCAAAAUAUUACUUGAAGUUAUAUUAUAAAUUAGGAAGUUUUAGUGAUUUGAAAAUGUGUUUGGUUUAAAAAAUGAAAUAUUUAGUCGUCCCGAGAGACUUUUUCGGGACAACGGGUACGAUCGUGAAAAAACGGGACAAUCCCGUGUUUACGGGACGUUUAGUCACCCUACUCUAGAAGUAAGUGUUACGUGACGCGCAUGCUGAGUAGUAACCCUGGUACUGAGUAGUAACCAUGGUACUGAGCAAUAACCCUGGUACUGAGUGCUUAGACCUAAGGUAUUGGUGACGAUGAUUGUAAAGUUAUACCCCAAGGUCAAUGGCGAUUUGAUGGCAAAAGUUAGCCUAUUGUUGUAAAUGGUCAUUUUAGCCAGUGGUUAUAGACCACGAUAGUGUAACGGCCAGUUUAACUAGCGUUCACGGGCCAUGAGAGUGUAGUAGCCGGUUUAGCCUAUGGUUAUAGCCCAUGAUAGUGUAGCGGCUAGUUUAGCCAGUGGUCAAAGACCAUCAUAGUGUAGCUGUUUAGCCAGUGGUCAAAGACCAUGAUAGUAUAGCUGUUUAGCCAGUGGUCAAAGAUCCUGAUAGUGUAGUAGGCGGUUUAGCAUGUGGUUAUAGCCCAUGAUAGUGUAGCGGCUAGUUUAGCCAGUGGUCAAAGACCAUGAUAGUAUAGCUGUUUAGCCAGUGGUCAAAGACCAUGAUAGUGUAUCGGCCAGUUAUAAAAGGCAACGGCUACCACAGACUACGGUCAUUGCAUCCUACAUAGUCAAAAUGCUUUUCUCACUAUUAUUACUUUGGUGGUUGUUGUGUUUUUCUUAAAGAAUACCAUUUACGCGUGUCAGUGAGUUCGAAACCAUAACUUCCAUGUCCGGUCCAUGGGUAAUGUAAAUGUUUCAGUUGUGGAUUAGAGUCGUGUACUUACGUUUUGACAUAUGAGUUGUUGUUUUUUAUGGCGUCUUCAUGGCGGUGUUUGGUUUUUUUUAGAAAGAAGUUUCUCUCUCCGUUGAUGAGUGCGUCGACGACAUAGACUAAAUAUUUGAGAGCUAAGGAAAUGUGUCUUUUUUUUCUAAUGAAAUGUUUUCUAAUGAAGUGUUUUCUAAUGAAGUGUUUUUUUAUACCUGCCGCAGGACCAAGCGUUGAUCAGUGAACUGUUCAUUGAGCACACUGACACGGACGAUAGUGGCACUUACAUCUGUCGUAGCUCAGACCGAGAGAUUGGCAGCCUCAAGGUCACGGUCCUUGUAGGUGAGUAA